UUUAGAAGCCGACGUUUUGCUCCUUGUCGCGCUCAUUGGUCUGUCUUGGACGUCGCAGUGCAAAAGUUUGCCUGGAACAUGAUAAGCUGUUCUAGAAGACAAUGCAGAAGCUAGAACCACGCGAAAACAAAAUUUGGUUUUUUUAUUUUUGAAUAUUACACAGGACAAUGCCUGUUGUCAAAUCGAUGUCAGCGAUAGUAGAUUGGAUUCGGGUCAUUUUCAAUCACCCAGAUAGUUGGUAUAGCCGAACACUCACUGAAGUAUAAACACAUGCCAUAUUUCGUACUAUGAAUGGUUCAAUUUUCGAUACUUGAGACUCGCGGGUGAACUGCUUUUCGCAGUGGCACAGCGAGUACUACAUAACCGUAUGCCUCCAAGUUAUCAGCUUAUUUUUUCACCUAUAUGUUGCCUUACACGUUUCUGUGAUCAUAUUCUUUGGAUUUGGUGUCUUUUCUAUGUACAUUGGAAUAAAACAAUAAUUGUUGGACAUCAUAGAUGGCGCUGUAGGGUUCUUCUCACAUUUCGUACUAUGAACGGUUCAAUUUUCGAUACUUGAGACUCACGGGUGAACUGCUUUCGCAGUGGCACAGCGAGUGCUACAUAACCGUGCCCCUCCAAGUUAUCAGCUUAUUUUUUUACCUAUAUGUUGCCUUACACGUUUCUGCGGUCAUAUUCUCUGGAUUUGAUGCCUUUUCUAUGUAAAUUUGAAUAAAACAAUAAUUAUUGGACAUCAUAGAUGGCGCUGUAGGGCUCUUCUAAGUCCACGCACGUGCGUGGCAAAGUCCAGUUUGCCUACUUCUAGUUCGUCAGCAGUGGGACAAGCAGGGUUUAGUAGGGUGUAGGUAUGGCGUCCGCGGAGGAGGCUUUGCCACAUCGUGUGACCCGGGAGCCAAACGAAGCCUUGCUGAACCUUACGGCGAGAACAGGAUACACCAUACGGCGAGAAAAAUGGGAAAGAAAGUACGGCGGUCCACCUCCCGACUGGGAAAGCCGGGCUCCUUUAAAGGAUUGUGGAAUUUUCGUCGGAGGUAUUCCAAAAGACUGUUACGAAGACGAGCUCGUUCCAGUAUUUGAGAAGAUAGGAAAGAUUUACGAACUGAAACUCGUAACGAACCGCCGCUUUGGACCCCAUAGAGGAUAUGGAUUCGUUACAUACACUAACAAAGAACACGCGAAUCAAGCGAAGGUGGUUUUGCACGUGGGGAACCUUAUGUCGACAACUACAGAAGACAAAAUUAGAAAGCUGUGCAGUCAAGUUGUGGGAAGAGACAACGCUGUGGGAAGAGUAAAGAAGAUAAGAGAUUAUGCAUUCAUUCGUUUUAGCGACAAAGAUGCUGCUAUCAAGGCCAUGGCUAAACUUAAUGGAAUGAAUGUUGAAGGUGCUUACAUUGAGGUUGCAUGGGCAAAAGGAAGAGAGCGGGACCGACACUUGGGUGAGGUUGAUAGAGCAUACAACAGAGGCUCGGAAGCGUUGAAAUCUUGGAAGCAGAAAGAAGUAUCACCUGUCAGGUGUGUAGAAAUAUUGAAGGCCUUGGACUGCCACUUGGGUGAGGUUGAUAGAGCAUACAACAGAGGCCAGGAAGCGUUGGAAUCUUGGAAGCAGAAAGAAGUAUCAUCUGUCAGGGCUAAUCAGGACUGCCACUUGGGUGAGGUUGAUAGAGCAUACAACAGAGGUCAGGAAGCGUUGGAAUCUUGGAAGCAGAAAGAAGUAUCAUGUGUCAAGGCUAAUCAGGACUGCCACUUGGGUGAGGUUGAUAGAGCAUACAACAGAGGCCCGGAAGCGUUGGAAUCUUGGAAGCAGAAAGAAGUAUCAUAUGUCAGGGCUAAUCAGGACUGCCACUUGGGUGAGGUUGAUAGAGCAUACAACAGAGGCCCGGAAGCGUUGGAAUCUUGGAAGCAGAAAGAAGUAUCAUAUGUCAGGGGCUAUGGCUAUGAUCCUAGUUACUCGCCUCCAUUGUAUUACAACCCGAUGUCUCCACCACCCGCAAGCAGGGCGUUGGCAGGGCGAGGUCCCAUGGGCAUCAGAAGCCCUGUGCGAGGCCGGGGGAUGAUGCUGAGGGGGUGUGGCUUUAGGAAACAUCCAGCGGAGGUGCUCGAUGACCUUUGUCAGAAGAAUGGAUGGGGAAGUCCUGUAUACCAGCUUCAUUCUCUCAUGGGAAGGGGUGGAAGUGGUGCCCAACAGCUCUUAGAGCUCUUUUUGUACAAGAUCACCAUACCAGCUCUCGGUACUCAGUUUCCAAAUCGUAAUCCAUUUACCCCAAAUAAACUGUGUCCUACUGUUGAGGGGGCAAAGGUUUUUGCAGCAGAGUACACUUUGAUGCAGUUAGGUGUGCCUCUUGAAGCCCUAGAGUUCAUUAGCCCACCAUGUCCUUACACCCAGCCGAGCUAUGCCAACCACCCCGACCCACCUGUGGAACGCUUCCAACAGAUCCUGUGAAAAGCCAUGGAUGACCUGGUUUUUUUCUGUUUUUUUUCUCUCAUUUCUGAUAACCAAUAUGACCCUGGGCUAGAAAGGGGCGUGACCUUGGACGAGAUGCCCGUAUCAGAGUGGACUUGUUAAAUGACUUCUUCCUUCUUCGAAUCUUCUUGUUCCCGGAGUUGUAACGGGUCACAUGUGAUGUAAAAUAUCAGAUGAAAACUGAUGAAUAUCAGAUGAAUAUAAAACACGUAUUCUAUUAAUCCCACAUAAAAUUAGCAUUAGACUAACAGUAUAUUAUGUUGAAUAUGGCAGAAUAUUAUAUUGUAAUAACACAAUACAUUCCAGCAUCAUUCAGAUCACAGAUUUUCUGUUAAAAAUAACAGAUUAAUUUUUCGAAUGUAUACCUUCUGCUAUUGUAGGAACUUAACUUUAUACAGAGGCUAGGUCUCUUCGAUGGUCAUUUGGCAAUCUCUACUAAUAGAGCCAGACAUUUUGACACCUGCUUUGACCGGUCUUUUCAAAGUCAAAUUAGCUGUUCAGCACACCCAUUUAUCAUUUAUUUUCAAUAUCAUUUUUAUCAUUUACACGUAUGGGCUUUGUUAGGUUCCCCAUAGCAAGUACUGCAAGUUUAUGUUUCGGUAUAUCCUUUUGUAUUUCAGAUUUU